GUGACGUCAGCGCACGAGAUCAGUCAGCUGCAGGUGCCGCUGUACGCGGACCCGCGGCGCGAGGCCGAGCUCAGCUGCCACUUCCGCAUGGACGACCAGCGCCUGCACUCCGUCAAGUUCUACCGCGACAUGUACGAGAUAUUCCGAUACAACCCCUCGCAGACGGUAUGUACUAUAGUGUUGUUGCAGCUGUGACGUCAGCGCACGAGAUCAGUCAGCUGCAGGUGCCGCUGUACGCGGACCCGCGGCGCGAGGCCGAGCUCAGCUGCCACUUCCGCAUGGACGACCAGCGCCUGCACUCCGUCAAGUUCUACCGCGACAUGUACGAGAUAUUCCGAUACAACCCCUCGCAGACGCCACCGAUUCGGCUGUUCAACGUGUCAGGAGUGGCGGUACAGGGCGGCGAGUGCCUGGCGGCGUCGUGCGCGGUGCGCAUCAUGCCGCCGCCGCUGGCCGGCCGCGCCGCCUACAGCUGCGAGGUCUCCACAGAGGGACCCAAGUUCAAGAUCGCGCGACAGACCAAGCACAUGACUGUCGUCGCGAUGCCAGACAGCGACCCUGUGAUAGUGGGAGCUCCUAAGCUGGUGAAGCCUGGCGAGCAGGUGCUACUCAACUGCACAACCGCCUUCUCAUUACCACCGGCUGACAUCAACUGGUUCCUUGAUAAUGAGCUUCAAAAGCAAGAACCAUGGCAGAGGACGGAGUUGUCCCCCACCCAGUCUGGCGGGCUCCGCGCGUCGUGGCGCGUCCUGCGGCUAUCCGUGCCGCCAACCGCGAGCGGCACGUUGCGGGUGCGGUGUGAGGCGACCCUAAGAGUCGAGCCGCCGGUCGUCCGGGAGGCCGUCACCACCGUCACCGUGUACUCGCGAACGCAGCUCUCGAAAUAUGUGUCUAAUAGAGGUACAAUAUUCGAAAGAGGAUUAAAACUGUGUUGGACUUUAUUAGUCAUUUUGAACUUUGUGAGCUUAUGAGGUUUGAUGAAAACAUAAUCUAAGUGAUACUAGUGUAAGUAUAAAUAAUAACUGACGGGCCGAAGUGGUGCCAAAAUAGAGCUCUUGUACAGAAAGUUAAAAAAUAUUGCCAAAUAAAGUUGUUUAUUGCGUUUUAGAUCGAAACGUAUUUAUACGAUUUCUUUUUAUUGUAUUUUAUGUUGUAAGAAUUUAAUAUAAGUUUGAAAUGAUGGGUAAAACUAAUUUAUUCGUGUUGCUAUCACAUUGAUAUUUUAUUUGAAUAAACACAAUCUAGAAUAAUACCAGCU